AUCUCAUCUGAAGAGCCACGUCGCAGCAGAGCAAAGCCCCCCAUUAACCCCACCGGCCCCCUUCAGCUCUGCUCUUGCAUAUCAGUUCCAGUGUCGCCCGAGCAUAUUACUAGCGCGCUAGCCAUCUGGUGGUGCUGUGGCGACGAGCCAAGGGGCUCAUCGAUCAAUCGAAGAAGUGAAGUGAGUAGCGCCGGAAAUCGUCGUCAGAAAUCGGCGUCGGCAUGGCAGACAAGAAGAAGGUGGAGGUCAAAGAGACCAAGGUGGAGGUCAAGACGGCCACUUACAAGGUGUUCGUCCACUGCGGCCAGUGCGCACGCGACAUCCAGACGGAGUUCACCGAGUUCCCAGGGGUUGAAGAGGUGAAGGUGGAUGCUGGGGCAGGGAAGGUGACAGUGAAGGGCUUCGCGUUCGACGUGGAGAAGCUCAGGAAGAAAGUUGAGAAGGGAUGCCGGAAGAAGGUCGAGCUGAUUCCACCGGCGCCUCCCAAGGACGACAUGGUUGUUGACGUCAAGACCAAAAAGGAGGAGCUGAAGGUCAUCACUGUAAAGCUUCCAUUGCAUUGCCCCGACUGUGCAGUCAGGGUCAAGGAGAUGUUGCUUGAGAACAAAAGUAUCUACGAGGCCAAGACGGACUUCGGCAAGAACACGUGCACCGUCGAGGGCGUCCUUGAGGAGGACAAGCUCGUCAAGUACAUCUUCGAGAGGACGCGCAAGAAGGGCGUCGUCGACAAGGUCGAGAAGAAGGUGAUCGUCAAAGAGGAAAAGGUCCUAGUGAAGAAGGCGGACAAGGAGAAGGAGAAGAAGGAGAAAGAGAAGGAGAAAGAGAAGGAGAAGGCGAAGGAGGUCGUCGCGAAGGUCGUCAAGGAUGUCAUCGCCCCCUACUUCAUCCCCUGCACGCACCCGCACUUCGUCGACUACUCGCACCCGGGCCACCGCCACGGCUGCGGCGGCUGCAGCUAUUGCUCGCCGUACGACGGCGGUUACGGUUACUGGGGCGGCGGCGGGUACCCACCGUACGGCGGUGUCAGCUACACACACACUGAGCUCAAAGGCUACCAGGAGACGGCGUUCUUGCACUGCACUCACCCCAGUGAAUUCAUCAGCAUGGAGAACCCCUAUGCAUGCGCUGUGAUGUAGACCUUUUUUUGCAGUUGGAUUAUUCAUGUGGAAUAAUUUGAACACCAAGAACAACGCCAACGAGGCUCAAAUCUUUUGCUUCA